AUGUCUGCGGUAAACGGUACAGCGUUGUUGAAAUUUGCUCGUAUAACCGACAAAGCUUUUGCACCAACGAAAGGAUCGAAAUUUGCUGCUGGAUUCGACUUACGAAGUGCCUAUGAAUACGUUGUGCCAGCAUGUGGUAAAGAACUUGUUCUAACUGAUCUGCAAAUCGCAGUUCCUGAAGGUACGUACGGAAGAGUAGCACCACGUUCAGGAUUGGCAUGGAAAAAUUUCAUUAACAUAGGUGCUGGUGUUAUUGAUGCUGAUUAUCGGGGAAAUGUAGGGAUAGUACUAUAUAAUCACGGUAACGAGGACUUUAAAAUCUCAGCAGGAGAUCGUGUUGCACAACUAAUUUGUGAAAAAAUUACAUAUCCUGACCUCCAGGAAGUAGAUAAUUUAGAUAGCACCGACAGAGGAGAAGAUGGGUUUGGUUCAACAGGAAAUAAAUAGGAUACCAAAGAGGAAAAGAUUGUCAUUUUGAUGCAUUUAUUUUUCUAAGUUAAUCUAAU